AGGAGCCAGUACCGCUGCAGGUUUUCUGUGUUUACUGGGCUAACUAAAGUCUAUCUACGAGCUAGUUAGCGGUGAGCAGCAUAGUGUACUAUGCCAACAAACAUCUGUGGUCUAAAUCUGGAUAAUCUUGGCUAAUCAUGCUUUAGCCAAAGACAGAAGGAUAUUAUUGUGUGGACAAUCAUCACAACGCGUUGGACAGAUCCAGGGAGAAAAGAAGCAUGGUGGUUCCAGACAGUACAAACAUUGUUCCUCAACCCCACAAUGGAAGUGCGUCUUGCCUCCUGGAAGCUCCUGAGUCCAGCUGCAAAGAGGCCGAGGUGGAGGGUCAGGAACUGGCAGGGGUGGAGUUGGAGGAGGUCCGAAAGCUACAAGAACUUGUCCGUAGACUGGAAGUCCAGAAUGAGACGCUACGUAACCGGGGAACCAAGCUGAUCAGAGGUGCCAGCAAUCACACUACGAAUAUACACGAGAGGCUGGCCAGAGAUGCUGUACAAACCUCUCAUCUGAAUUUGGAGGAACACAACUUUGCUCCUUCACUUCAUCAGGGCGUCAGUGGAGAGGAAAUGUCACCCUUGCCCAUGGUCAGCCGUAUUGAUGAAGAGGAUGACAACGAGGAAGAGGAAAGAGGACCGUGCACUGGUUUUCUGACACUAAGCUGCAGUGGAGUUGGACUGGGGCAAAGCCAGACCCCUGAUAGUCCUUCUCAGGAGAGCUAUGAAUCAGAGACAUUAGCUGAGAGCGAUUCAGGAGUGGACCAAACUGCACUAGAUGAAGUGGAUGUGCUGGAUUUGGAAGAGGAGUCUGCAGAUGUGGAAGAGGAGGACAGUUGGUAGGUUUAUUAAUUACAAUGGCAACAUUUAUGAUCUGUCCUUUGGCCUAUAAAAAGUGCAUAAUAUAUUUUUACUUUUAAUUAAGCUUCAGAAAACAUUUCUAAAUUUUGUGUUUACAUGACGGUAAUCUCAGUGGCCUCAUGAGUAACCUUUUUAGGAACAUUGGAUCCUAAUAUGCUAUAUUAACUGUUGGAUCUGACAGUAGUCAUCCAUUUUGUACCUUUACUUGUACCUUAACUUUAGCUUUCACAUACAUGUAAGUAGAUUGAAGGUGUGUAAAGAGGGGAUUGUCAUAUGUUUAAAAUGCCUAGUGAUGUGCAUGAUUUAUGGAGUGAAAGAUUGCAAUUGUUGUAUUUGACUUUGGGCUCUGGGAAAAGCAAACCUGAUCUGUCCUUUACCUGUUUGGCAGGUUUAACUCACAAGGUGUUUUUAAUUAUUCAAAGGUGUUGAGAUGUGCCUGUUAUGUCACUUGGUUGUUAUUGCAGUAAUUGUAAUUACUGAUUAUUCACAAUUUUGUAUCCCCACUUAU